UGUCGCCAGGGAAACUUUCAUCUUGUUACAAGCUGCGGGGAACAGGCCAUUUGCUAUUGGCUUAUUUGUAUGUCACUUAUACACUGGAUACAGCAAGUCAACCAUUCAAAUUUAGAAAGAGGAGGGUUUAUUCAGUUAGCCUACUACCGGUAACUUGAAGUGGCUACUGUAGCAUGCAAGGAACUAAACUUAAAGUUCAUAAGUAUCUUGUAUGUUAAAUGUCACAACGCUCGAGUUGAGAAAUCGGUCCCACCGUUUGAGAACAACUUUUGUUGAAUUCAGUGCGUUUUUGGAGUACGAGCAAUGGAAGAGUUGAGCGAGUCUUCACCCGCUUUGGCGUUCGAGAAGGAAGCAUUUGAGCUGACGGUGGAAGAUGUUUAUGACAUUUCAUACGUGAUUGGCAGAGAUUUGCUGAAAAUAAGUACUACAGGUGAGGAAGUCUCCGAUUUGCAAUUCAAAAUUGUCCGGGUUUUGGAGAUGUUUGAAACGUUAGUGAAUAAGUAUAACCUGUCAUUGGAGGAGCUGAAAAUGGAACGAGACAACUUGAAGAGUGAACUGGAUAGAAUCGUGAGAGAAAGUUCUGCCGGGCAGGAAGCGCAAACACUAGGACCAAACAAACUGGUGGUGGACCUGAAAGAUCCCAAUAGACCACGCUUCACAAUGCAGGAGCUGAAGGAGGUGCUUCAGGAGAGGAACCAGCUCAAGGCCCAACUACUGGUGGCGCAAGAAGAGUUGCAACUCUACAAGAGUGGGAUGCUGCCACAGGGUGAACAAGCCAUGGUAGAGGUUGACUUAGUAUCUCCAUCCCCUUUGAAACCUGUCCCUGACACAACAGAUGAGACUAAAGAAGAGGUACCUAACGAAGGAAUGACCACCAUCAGAAAGCUGUUUUCAUUCAGACGGAAAUAAGGACAACCUAUGAGAACAAGGACCUAAGGCAUUACUAACGAUAAACCAAACAUUUUUAUGCACAUGCUUUCUAUCAAUGCUUUGUAUUAGAUCAGUUGUUUUCAGUAAUGAAUGAAAAUGUUUUUAACUGGAAUAAUUUUGGCUUUUGAAACAA